AUGGAGACAAAGUCGAGGGCAAUCGUUCAUUACUAUGCAGCCAAGUAUGCCAACAAAAGCCCCAACCUACUAGGAACCACCUUGGAGGAGAGAGCCCUAAUUGAUCAAUGGCUUGAAGUAGAAGCUAACAACUUCAAUGACUUGGUGUUCACUAUGGUGCUUCAUCUUGUGAUCCUUCCGGGGAUGGGGCAAUGUGGCGACAUGGCAUUGGUCCACAGCUCCGAGAACAAGCUCAAAAAAGUGCUCGACGUGUACGAGGAAAGGUUGUCGAAGAGCAAGUACCUUGCCGGAGACUCCUUCUCCCUCGCCGACCUAAGCCACCUUCCCGCCAUUAGGUAUCUCGUGAAUGAGGCUGGGAAGGGGCACUUGGUGAGGGAGAGGAAGAAUGUAAAUGACUGGUGGAUGGAUAUCUCAAGCCGCCCUUCUUGGAAGAAAGUCGUGAAAAUGAUGUAUUGACUACUUGCUAUGCUUGGUUGCUUAUUUUUGUGUGCUUUUGUUCAACCUUAGUGACCUAAG